UUUUUUUUUUUCUUUCUUUCUUAUUUAAACUCAUUUUUCCUUUUAUUUUUUUUAUUCCUCUCUGUCUUUCUUCUUAGCAAGUCAUUCACAAUUCAACUUCUCGUACCCAUGAAAGCUCUCUCUACUCUCUGACACCAGUAGAAGUUGACAAUCGAGGUCAAUAAGAAAGACCCAUUUACCCAAGUUCCAUUUUUGCACGUGGGUUUCAACGUUCAAGUUCUUCCAUGGAGAUGCUAUGUAUUCAGAAGGACACUAGUUUGGAAGGCAUUGAAGACAAAUCUGCUAUGACAGAGUUAUCACCUGUAGGUGAUAUUUUUGGAGAGCCACUUGAGCCUCCUCGCAUUGGAGACCAGUAUCAGGCAGAGAUUCCCUCACUUAUUGCAGAGUGUGAUCGGCUGCAACUUAUAAAUGAACUGGCUGAUUCAGAAGUUGUGGCAAGUCUGCAAAAGUCUUUUCCAUUAGGACUACCCAUUCCACUUAUGUGGGAAAAUUGUCAAUUUGAAAACUUCAAUAGAACUGCAGAAUGUGAAAACAGAAAAAAUAUCCAGAUUACUUCAAACAAUGAAGAUUCAAAACUGGACAUGGAAUCUCUGGCUACAGUUUUGGGCAACGGUAAAUUUGUGGACAAUUUUUCAGUUCUUCAAACAACAGUUAAAAGUGAUUGCAUGGAUCAGGAAGAGAGAGGUUUGUGUCCUCUUCCUGGCUCUAUUGGUGAAUCUUGGAGGGAUAUCGAAUGUGACAGUUUUCUCCUAGGUCUAUAUAUCUUUGGGAAGAAUCUUGUCCUUGUAAAGAGAUUUGUUGAGAGUAAAAGGAUGGAAGAUAUAUUGUCUUUCUAUUAUGGAAAGUUUUAUAGGUCUGAUAGAUAUCACAGGUGGUCCGAAUGCCAAAAGUUAAGAAGUAAACGAUAUAUAUGUGGGCAAAAGAUAUUUACAGGUUGGAGGCAACAGGAACUAUUAUCACGAAUGUUCUCCCAUGUGUCAGAGGAAUGUCAAGAUAAAUUGCUGGAGGUUUCUAGGACUUUUGAAGAGGAAAAAUUUUCAUUUGAAGAAUAUAUAUUCACUUUAAAGAAUACUGUUGGUAUCAAGAUUUUUAUAGAAGCAGUGGGUAUUGGCAAAGGGAAGCAAGACCUCACUGGCAAAGCCAUGGAGCCAAUAAAGACCAAUCAUGUUUUCUCUUCACGUCCUGAGAUACCGAUUGGCAAAGCUUGCUCCUCUCUUUCAACUUCAGACAUAAUCAAAUUUCUGAAAGGAGAUUUCAGGUUGAGUAAAGCCAGAUCCAGUGAUCUCUUUUGGGAAGCUGUUUGGCCCCGUCUUUUAGCAAAAGGAUGGCACUCUGAGCAGCCUGAUGAUCUUGGUGUUUGUGGUUUGAAGCCUUCUUUGGUGUUUCUUAUUCCCGGUGUUAAGAAGUUUUCCAGAAGAAGACUUGUGAGAGGUAAUCACUACUUUGAUUCUGUUAGUGAUGUAUUGUACAAAGUGGCAUCAGACCCUGGGCUUCUUGAGGUUGAAAUUGAAGCAGCUGAAAGCAGUGGGCACAAGGAAGACAAAUGCGAAGCAACUGGAAAACAGGAUUUUGAUGGUUUGUCAAAUAAACAGCACCAUUGUUACCUCCAGCCACGAAAUUCAAACUGUAAUCGAGAUCUCUUGAAGUUUACAAUUGUGGAUACCAGUAUGAUUCAUGGAAUAGAACAGCCUAACGUUAGAGAGCUGAGAAGUUUACCUGUUCAAACUAAUAGUUUAUCUUCCACCUCGAGUCUUUCCAGUGAAACUGAACAAGAUACAUCAGAAGAGUCAGAGGAUGAAGCAGAAGAAAUUAAUAUCUCAAACCCAGCAGCAGAUAUGAUUGAGAGGGAAGCAUCUGUUGACUCGUCAGAUCGUGCUAGAGUGCUUGAUGCCCGUGAUCCGACCAUUGCAGUAAUGCAAAAUCAUGAAAGUUCAAACACAACUCUGUUUAAUGACAAUCACCAGGGGAAGUCUAUGAAUUAUCACUUCAGCCAGAAGAUUAAUUCUAGCUGUUCAGAAUAUCUAGCUCCCAUCCAGAUACAGCAGGACUUUAAUCUUUAUAACUAUGGAGAAUCAAACCAUAGCAUUGAAAAUAUCUCCACAGAAAGGAUGCAAAAUGAAGAUCAGUCCCAUUGCCAGUCAACUUUGCCUUGUGCAUUUCCUGAGAUGGCUUUUCUAAUGUGUCCACAAAAUUUAUCAGCUGACAGUUCUCUGGCCAAAAGCAGCCCAGAAGGGAGCAAUGCAGUGAGCGUCACUGAGAAUUUCUUAGGUAGAGAAGAGUCUCCAGGAAAUCCUCAACCUCGGACAUUAAUUGACUUGAACCUUCCUCAUGUUUCACCAGAUAUAGGAACUCAGGAACCCUUCACCACGGACAUGGUGCAAUAUAAUGACAACUCAUGUGCAAAUAAGUCAGCGUCUCUAUUGAAAACAAGUCAGCAGCCUGAGCCAUCAAACAUAUCUGAUGAUGGGACUAGUACGGAACAACAGCCUACCAUGAACAGCCAGAGGCAGAGUAUGUCUCUAUUGAAAACAGGUCAGCAGCCUGAGCCAUCAAACAUAUCUGAUGAUGGGACUAGUACAGAACAACAGCCUACCAUGAACAGCCAGAGGCAGAGUAUGAGGAGCAGAGCAUUGACCACAAAAGCAUGGGAAGCUCUUGAAUAUGGUUUCUUCGAUACAAAGAAGAAGAGAAAGCGUGGGGAAGCUUCACAAAAUAACUCAAUGUCAAGGUCUUCCCGACAAGUCCGUGGCAGGACUGCUCUUAGUUCAACUUUGGAUGAUAGUGCUGGUAAUGGCAUUCUAGAAACCAGGAUAGAGGAGAAUAUGGUUGAGGUGUGCAGUAGUAAAGUCAAUGUGAUUGAUGAUUCUCAGGUUUAACACACAAAGAAAGGGGCUGGCUUGUUUCUAAGAGGUUACAGAACCCCACUCAGCAUUAAAAUGUUGGUCUCUUCUAAUGUUUGUCUCCAGCAGUGACCUCAUGUAGGAGAGCAUUAUGGUUGAGGUGUGCAGUAGUAAAGUCAAUGUGAUUGAUGAUUCUCAGGUUUAACACACAAAGAAAGGGGCUGGCUUGUUUCUAAGAGGUUACACAACCCCACAAAGCACUAAAAUGUUGGUCUCUUCUAAUGUUUGUGUCACUAGCAGUGAUCUCAUGUAGGAGAGCAUGAGAUUCUAUCAUGCAAAACAUGCCUUAAAAUUCUCUUUAUUUUGGCUUCCACCUCAACAAAGUUUGCAUUUAUAUCAAAGUAAUAGUUCAUUAAAUUAACCAAUAGAGUAAAUGUGUUGUAAAAUAAACGAAAUAAAAGGACAAGAGAAAGAAAUAUUAAAGUCAAAUU